ACACAUCCCAACUGUCAACUUCCCUGUCUCCCAUAAACAUGUCGAUUACGCACGGUUUAAAAAGAUUUUAACUCGAAACUUUCACCCUUGUGAACCGCGAAAUAAUGUUGUGUUCCGUUCCAAUCUUGACUUAACAGCAAAUGUUAUGGAUUUCAUUCACAUAAAUCAAGCAAAUGUGUUGUUUUCAAGCGGACGGUUCAAACGUGUAGCUGUGUGCGUGCCAGAUAUCUAAAAAAGCAAACGCUUGCAGUCAUUUCCCGUCACUCUCUCACCUCCUGGGACGAUCCGAACGAACAACAGUGCAGUGUGCGAAAAAAAGUAUACACAAAAAGAACGACACAGUGGACAUACGAAACCAGUACUAGAGAAACAGUGUGUGGAGCGUGUGGCUGUCGCGCGUUGUGCUCCUGUAUUGCAUUCUCUGGCGCCUCUGUCCGUCCGUGUGUGUUUGUGUGUGUACUACGGACCAGACUGGACGCAGAAACAAUAGUUUUUGCUCGAAAUCACCAGCCUACGAAGCGGAGCAAGUUGUUGUCUGCUGUGCCUGGUCCGCUCACAUUGCCGCCAAUAGUGCUGUGUGUGUAUGUGAGUCACAGUGUAUUCGGUUUCGCUUCUAUUGGUUCGAAAGUGAAAAAAGGUGAAAACUUCCGCUCUAUUGGUUCCUCGGUGCGUUACACAACACGACGACAACAGUGAAAGUGAGAUCCGUCGUAACAACGAAAAAUGGUAGCAGAAGCUGUGGGUCAAAACUUUUGAUACUUUUUAGGUGCUAAAGUGCGCGAGAAUCUUUUUCUACCACAACUACCCCGCACGUAUUCAGGUGCGGAUAAAUUGUGCAAGAAUGUCGUUACACUUCCCGUCUUAGUUGGCCGUUCUCGUUAACUUAUCGUAGCAGGCAGCAAGCAAACGUGUGGUGUGUGGAAUGCUUUAAUUAAGCGUGAGGAGCUGAAUGAAAUCGGUAUCCAUUUGAUUGUGCCCCCACCAACCGGCCAAAGACGUCCGUGAGUGCUAUCCAAGAGAUAAGCAGCCUCUUAUAGUGAAAUUGAUAUUAUUACGCAGAAUGGAUCCACUCGGCGGUCCACUAGCCACCGAAGUUGUGAGUCCCAGAUAAGUGUGAAGUGAAGAUGGUUUGAUUGAUUAAAGAUAUUUUUAUCUACAAUUUGAGAGGAAUUCCCCGCGCUCUAAGUUGUGCUCUGUCGGGCGUGAACGCGAAGAAGAAAGGAAACAAAAAAAAAAAGGUGCAUAGAUCUGGGUCGUCGCCGCUAAAUCCGGUUCAUGAGAUCCGUGCUUGCCCAAUAAUUCCGCACAACCACCACCUGGUGGAGUAGUGCAAAGUGUAGCAACAAACCACCGGCAUCUGCAAGCUACAGCAGCUGAAAAUAACGACUAGACUUCAGACCAAAAUGGCAGUGGCAAGAUCCUCGUCCGUCCUUCGACAGAAGAAAAUUUUCAAAAUCGUAGCACCCAUCUUUUUGGUCCUGCUCGUUUUUUUCGUACUGCAAUACAACACAGACAAAGAACACGAAACAAGCGAAGAAUCGAAUGUCCUUACACGGUUAGAUCUGCCAUGGAGAAGCAAAAAAGGGUUCCCACGCAAAGACUACGAAAAGGAAUAUCCUUUACUGCUGGAAAACGAACAGUUGGUAAUUUGCUACGAGAGCAAUACUGACCACCGAAAGCCACUGUACGCUUCCACCAUCCUGUCUGAGGCGGCAACGGAUGAACCAAGCACUACGCAACGGAACCACCAACAGCAGCAAAACCAACCGCAGCAACAGUCCAAUGGCUCCGAACCGGUGAUAUACUUUGUCACGCCGACCUACCCGCGGCGCGAGCAGAUCGCGGAAAUAAUUCGGCUUGGUCAAACGCUGAUGCACGUGCCGCGGUUGCACUGGAUCGUGGCCGACGACACGAGCAGUUGCAGCGUUACGCUAAACAGUCACAUCAGGAAGUUCGGCAUACCGUACACGCAACUGGCCAGCCCGAUGCCGGAGAUGUACCGUGCACGAAAGAACGCUCCCCGUGGCGUCGCCAAUCGACGAGCGGCAUUAAAUUGGAUCCGGCGAAAUCAGAAGAAAACGGGCGUGCUGUACUUUGGUGAUGACGACAACACGUUCGAUCUGAAGCUGUUUAGCGAGAUUCGGUACACGAAGAAAGUGUCCAUGUUCCCGGUGGGACUGAUUGGGGACUACGCCAUCAGUUCGCCCAUCGUGCGAAACGGUCGCGUGGAGGGUUUCUUCGAUUCGUGGCCCGCCAAGCGUAAGUGGCCCGUUGAUAUGGCCGGUUUUGCGGUCAGCCUCGAGUAUCUGGCACUCAGCCCGAACGCAACGAUGCCCUUCAAGGCCGGCUACGAGGAGGACGAGUUCCUGAAGAGCAUCGGCCUGAAGCUGGAGGAUAUUGAGCCGAAGGCGCGCAACUGCACGGAAAUUCUGGUGUGGCACACGCAAACGAAGGGUAGCAAAUCGCCAACGGUACGAAUCUCGAUGGAUCGGCAGAAGCUAGAUAAGCUGAAUCUUGGCGCACUGCUGACUCGGUUGGAAAGUAUGGGCGUGAAUCAUAUCAGCGAAUCGGAAGGAACUACAGCUCAGACCAUUGUGAAUGGCAGUGUCAAACCGCUAUCGUUUUGGUUUAGCUAAUAAGUGUAAUCGUUUCGUCGGCAGUAAGGCUGGCUAGAGCCCACAAGCUUACACCAACACAGUUUCUUUGAAUUCUUUUGCCAAGAAACAUGAAAUUGCGCCUGCAACCUGCAUCUUCACUAUUGUCCGUUUAGUCUUAAAAAUGGGGUUUCUUUUUUAAAAAAUGCUAUGCAAUCGACUCCUGUGCAAAACCAAAAGGGAGCAGCACUAGUAAAUAUUCUUUAAGUAUUCUGUGAGCGAUGAAUAAGAGAGAUAGAAUGAUGAUGGUUGCAUUGACUCAAGAAUGAAUUUUGGUUGCGUUUCUUUGAACAGUUUACGUAGGAUAGCACACAUGAUACGCAUCUCGUUCUCCUUUGUCGGUUUUGUAGCUUUUAAAGCAUAUCGAUUAAUUUAUGCCAAAUACUUCGAACAAAAGUCACUACUGAACAGAAAGCGGUCGAGCGCACAAUAAAGUCGUAGCAUGUAUGAAACGAUCACAUCGUAACGAAGCAGCUAAGAAGUGCUGCAAAUUUCGAUCGCAAAGCGAAAAGUCGUAAAGGAACAAUAACACCGCCAAAUGGCUGUAAACUAUGGGGCGUUGUUGCGUUGGAAUAAGGUUUCUUUGAUUUAUCUCUGUUAGUACACGUCAGGUUUUUUUUUAACGUUUCCUAUUCGGUCAAAAUUGCACAUAUAUUUUACUGUCAAAUGGACUGUCUUUCUGUUAAAAAAAUUUAUAGCUUUCGGAGCCAUAUAUUUGAUGCCUUCAUGGCGCAAUCUUAGCGCAAUUUGUUUGUUUGCAUUUGGAGGUUUGUUUGGGAAUAAUAAUAACAGUUUCAUAAAUUGUAGCAUUCUAACCAAGGUGUAUAUGGAUUACAUACACCUUGAUUCUAACGCAAAAAACGUGUAUAGGCUUGCGUUGCUAUUGCCAACCAGUUCAAUCUUUUGACAGAAAAAUGUAUGUGCAAUUUUGCAUUUGCGCACCGCCGAAACCGAGUUUCCACUGCACUGUAUUGCAUGGAUAGUGGGGAUAGCAAAGGAAAAUAGAAUCGAACUCAUGAUAAAAUUAUUAUCCAAAGUUGUACUCAACUCGCAAACGCACAAAGGAGUAUAAGUUACUGAGCCAGCUGUGUAGGGCACGUAGGGUAAAACAGUUUGUUAUUUAAAUAAACGUAUAGGUGUGUGAAUUUUUAACGAUAUGAAAAAAGAAAACAAGAUCAACGGUAAACAAAUGCCGGCUUGUGCCGGACGAACUGGACUCUACAGCUUGAUAUUUGUGUAUGAAACAUACAAAACAGUGUUUGAUUAGGUUGUGUAUAGCUAGAAUACCAUACAAUUCGUUUUGAAACCCACUCGAUGCACCAUUAUGCACAGAAUCUUUCAAUAGGUGGUACCAGCACACCUUAUCCCGGCGGAUGUGGCGGAUACAUUCCUUCGUUAGGGGUUUCAUUUUAAACAGCAAUCCAUCUGUUUAGCGAAUGCUUCACGUAAAACUAGUCCCGCUGGCUGGCAGAAGACUACGCACAGUAGCACUGUAAUAGAGAACAGUCCAAACUCAUUGUAAAUGAACAGCUAGAUAAUAGAGCGUUCCGUUUAGCUUAGUUUCCUUGUGAUAUUAGUUAAGCUUGUUCAUUUUUCCACGAGUUCCAUACAAAUGCAUCGAUAAAAAAGACACAGUUUUAAGUACUCGAUAAAUCAAACACUCGUAUGAUUAUGGAUGGUGAAAGAGAUCAAGAAUCUGUACUGUAAUGCGUGCCACUCUGGUAGCAGCGGGAAGGGCAUGAAGCCCCAGUCCCCAGGAGGAAUAUUUAACGGUGUAAUUUCUUCCAUUGUGUAGUGUAGUAUGUUUUUCCCGUUUCUCGAAGGAUUGGUUUUAGAAGUACAAUCAACGCUUUUGCUGCAUUGACCAGUGAGGUGAGGUACGGCAGUCGAUCGAAAUCAACAUAACUAUCGACAACACAUUUCUUAUUCUUUUAUCUGGACUAAUUACAUUACAGUGGAGACCGUGCUACAUGUACAUAAGCAAAUGAUAUUGUUUGUUUGUACGGUAUCAAUGUCACUCCUUUUCACAUUGCUACACUCCUCAUUGUGGUGGAUAUUGAUUUCAGUCCAUUUUAUAAUUGAUUUCUUCUACUAUUGUACUAUUGCCACUAGUGCACAAAAGCGAGCAGAACUAGAACAGUGAAACAAAUCGAAUCGAUUGUAAAAGAAGAUAGUUGUGAGGAUGAACAAUGUAAAAGCGAAGUAGUUAGCUGACGGCGGGAAACGUUUUAUAAUUUUGAUAUUUAAUAUCAUGUGAUGGUGGAAAACUGGAAAAAAAGUAAUAAAAGAUUGGUAAUGAAAAGGAAAA